GAUGGUUUGACAUCUCUAGUGAACGGCCAACGCGUGAAAAGCGACGAAAAUUGACGCACCGUAAAACUGCGUCUAUCUUUGUAUCUACCGUGUGCAAACUCGACUUCGGCCCUUCUAUUGGCAGUGGGUGAAAAAGAAAAAGUUUGACGGACGACGCGCAGCAGCCCACUGAACUCUCGCAGGCCAGCCUGGCCCAAUCUAUUGCUGAGUGGUCACAAUGAGCACCACUACUGACUCCAAGGCGCCCCUGCGCCAGGUGAAGCGUGUACAGUUUGGAAUUUUAUCACCUGAUGAAAUUCGCCGUAUGUCAGUUACUGAAGGUGGCGUCCAGUUCGCCGAGACGAUGGAGGGCGGCCGUCCAAAGCUAGGCGGCCUCAUGGAUCCCCGACAAGGUGUCAUUGACAGGACAUCGAGAUGCCAGACCUGUGCCGGCAACAUGACCGAGUGUCCGGGCCACUUUGGACACAUCGAUUUGGCCAAGCCGGUAUUCCACAUUGGCUUCAUCACGAAAACCAUCAAGAUCCUGCGCUGCGUUUGCUUCUACUGCUCGAAGAUGCUGGUCUCGCCGCAUAAUCCGAAAAUCAAGGAGAUUGUUGUGAAAUCGAAGGGUCAGCCACGCAAGCGUCUGGCCUAUGUCUAUGACCUGUGCAAGGGCAAGACUAUCUGCGAGGGCGGCGAGGACAUGGACUUGACCAAGGACAACCAACAGCCGGAUCCAAACAAGAAGCCAGGCCACGGCGGUUGUGGCCACUACCAGCCGUCGAUCCGGAGAACGGGCCUGGACUUGUCCGCCGAGUGGAAGCAUCCGAACGAGGAUUCGCAGGAAAAGAAGAUUGUCGUCUCGGCGGAGCGCGUGUGGGAGAUAUUGAAACACAUAACCGACGAAGAGUGCUUCAUUCUGGGCAUGGACCCGAAAUACGCACGCCCCGACUGGAUGAUUGUCACCGUACUACCCGUUCCGCCACUGGCCGUGCGUCCGGCUGUGGUGAUGUUCGGGGCGGCAAAGAAUCAGGACGAUUUGACCCACAAGCUGUCGGACAUCAUCAAGGCCAACAAUGAGCUGCGCAAGAACGAGGCCAGCGGAGCGGCGGCACACGUUAUACAGGAGAACAUCAAGAUGCUGCAGUUCCAUGUGGCCACGCUGGUGGACAACGAUAUGCCCGGCAUGCCCAGGGCCAUGCAGAAGUCGGGCAAGCCCCUGAAGGCGAUCAAGGCGCGGUUGAAGGGUAAGGAGGGUCGCAUCCGUGGCAACUUGAUGGGCAAACGUGUGGACUUCUCAGCCCGUACCGUCAUCACACCGGAUCCCAAUUUGCGCAUCGAUCAGGUCGGCGUGCCUCGUUCGAUAGCCCAAAAUUUGACCUUCCCCGAGCUGGUCACCCCAUUCAAUAUCGAUCGCAUGCAGGAGCUGGUGCGUCGCGGCAACUCGCAAUAUCCGGGCGCCAAAUACAUUGUCCGCGACAAUGGGGAGCGCAUCGAUUUGCGUUUCCAUCCCAAGUCGUCGGACCUCCAUCUGCAGUGCGGCUACAAGGUGGAGAGGCAUCUGCGCGACGACGAUCUAGUGAUCUUCAAUCGCCAGCCCACCCUCCACAAGAUGAGUAUGAUGGGGCAUCGUGUGAAGGUGCUGCCCUGGUCCACGUUCCGCAUGAACCUUUCCUGCACAUCGCCCUACAAUGCCGAUUUCGAUGGCGACGAGAUGAACCUCCAUGUGCCGCAGUCAAUGGAGACGCGCGCCGAGGUGGAGAACAUUCACAUCACACCGCGACAGAUUAUCACGCCGCAGGCGAAUAAGCCCGUCAUGGGUAUUGUGCAGGACACCCUCACCGCCGUGCGGAAGAUGACCAAGCGCGAUGUGUUCAUCACGCGCGAGCAGGUGAUGAAUCUGCUCAUGUUUCUGCCCACAUGGGAUGGCAAAAUGCCGCAGCCGUGCAUCCUUAAGCCGCGUCCGCUGUGGACGGGCAAGCAGAUAUUCUCUUUGAUCAUACCCGGCAACGUCAACAUGAUCCGCACCCAUUCGACGCAUCCCGAUGAGGAGGACGAUGGCCCCUACAAGUGGAUCUCGCCCGGCGACACCAAGGUAAUGGUGGAACACGGCGACCUCAUAAUGGGCAUACUCUGCAAGAAGACGCUGGGCACAUCGGCGGGCUCUCUGCUGCAUAUCUGUUUCCUGGAGCUGGGCCACGAGAUAGCCGGACGCUUCUACGGCAACAUUCAGACGGUGAUCAACAACUGGCUGCUGCUCGAGGGCCACAGCAUCGGCAUUGGCGACACCAUUGCCGAUCCGCAGACCUACAACGAAAUUCAGAUGGCCAUCAAGAAGGCCAAGGACGAUGUCAUUAAUGUUAUCCAAAAGGCCCACAACAUGGAGCUGGAACCGACGCCCGGCAACACGCUGCGCCAAACAUUCGAGAACAAGGUGAAUCGCAUCCUGAACGAUGCCCGUGACAAGACUGGUGGCUCCGCCAAGAAGUCCCUGACCGAAUACAACAAUCUAAAGGCCAUGGUGGUGUCCGGUUCCAAGGGAUCCAAUAUUAACAUCUCUCAGGUUAUUGCUUGCGUGGGACAACAGAACGUGGAGGGUAAGCGUAUCCCGUACGGAUUCCGUAAGCGCACCCUGCCGCAUUUCAUCAAGGACGAUUAUGGUCCCGAGUCGCGCGGCUUUGUGGAGAAUUCGUAUCUGGCCGGUCUGACGCCCUCAGAGUUCUACUUCCAUGCUAUGGGCGGUCGUGAGGGUCUCAUUGAUACGGCGGUGAAAACAGCCGAAACCGGCUACAUCCAGCGACGUCUUAUCAAGGCUAUGGAGUCGGUGAUGGUCAACUACGAUGGCACUGUGCGAAAUUCGGUGGGCCAGCUGAUCCAGCUGCGAUACGGUGAGGAUGGCCUCUGCGGCGAGUUGGUCGAGUUCCAGAACAUGCCCACGGUGAAGCUCUCGAACAAGGCGUUCGAGAAGCGCUUCAAGUUCGACUGGUCGAACGAGCGAUACAUGCGCAAGGUCUUCACCGAUGAGGUGAUCAAGGAGAUGACCGACAGCAGCGAGGCCAUACAGGAUCUCGAAUCGGAGUGGGACCACCUGAUGCAGGAUCGCGACCAUUUGCGACAGAUCUUCCCCAACGGCGAUUCGAAGGUGGUGCUGCCGUGCAAUCUGCAGCGCAUGAUCUGGAAUGUACAGAAGAUAUUCCACAUUAACAAGCGACUGCCCACAGACCUGUCGCCCAUGCGGGUGAUCAAGGGCGUAAAGACCCUGCUGGAGCGGUGCGUGAUCGUGACGGGAGCCGAUCGGAUAUCGAAGCAGGCCAACGAGAAUGCCACAUUGCUGUUCCAGUGCCUCAUCCGGUCCACGCUGUGCACCAAAUACGUGUCCGAGGAGUUUCGCCUGUCCACGGAGGCCUUUGAGUGGCUGAUCGGUGAGAUCGAGACGCGCUUCCAGCAGGCCCAAGCGAAUCCUGGCGAGAUGGUUGGCGCUUUGGCCGCUCAGAGUUUGGGCGAACCGGCCACACAGAUGACCCUCAACACGUUCCAUUUCGCUGGUGUGUCCUCGAAGAACGUGACACUCGGCGUGCCCCGUCUCAAGGAGAUUAUCAACAUCUCAAAGAAACCGAAGGCCCCGUCUCUGACGGUAUUCCUGACGGGUGGUGCUGCCCGUGAUGCCGAGAAGGCCAAGAAUGUGCUGUGCCGCCUUGAGCACACCACGCUGCGUAAGGUGACGGCCAAUACGGCUAUCUAUUACGAUCCGGAUCCACAGCGUACGGUGAUAUCGGAGGAUCAGGAGUUUGUGAAUGUCUACUACGAGAUGCCCGACUUUGAUCCGACCCGAAUCUCGCCCUGGCUGCUGCGUAUCGAGCUCGAUCGCAAACGGAUGACGGACAAGAAGCUGACCAUGGAGCAGAUCGCCGAGAAGAUCAAUGUGGGCUUUGGCGAGGAUCUCAACUGCAUAUUUAACGAUGACAAUGCGGACAAGCUGGUGCUGCGCAUCCGGAUCAUGAACAACGAGGAGAACAAGUUCCAGGACGAGGACGAGGCCGUCGACAAGAUGGAGGAUGACAUGUUCCUGCGCUGCAUCGAGGCCAAUAUGCUGUCGGAUAUGACGCUGCAGGGCAUCGAGGCCAUUGGCAAGGUCUACAUGCAUCUGCCGCAAACGGACAGCAAGAAGCGGAUCGUCAUCACCGAAACGGGCGAGUUCAAGGCCAUCGGCGAGUGGCUGCUCGAGACAGACGGCACGUCCAUGAUGAAGGUCCUCUCCGAGCGGGACGUCGACCCCAUUCGCACUUCGUCCAAUGACAUUUGCGAGAUCUUCCAGGUGCUGGGCAUCGAGGCGGUGCGAAAGUCCGUUGAGAAGGAGAUGAACGCGGUGCUGCAGUUCUACGGCCUGUACGUGAACUACCGCCAUUUGGCUCUGUUGUGCGAUGUGAUGACCGCCAAGGGCCAUCUGAUGGCCAUCACCCGUCACGGCAUCAACAGACAGGACACCGGCGCCCUUAUGCGCUGCUCCUUCGAGGAGACGGUCGACGUGCUCAUGGAUGCGGCUGCCCACGCGGAAACGGAUCCCAUGCGAGGCGUAUCCGAAAACAUAAUCAUGGGACAGCUGCCCAAGAUGGGCACCGGCUGCUUCGAUCUGUUGUUGGACGCCGAGAAGUGUCGCUUCGGCAUUGAGAUACCCAACACCCUGGGCAGCAGCAUGCUGGGCGGCACGGCCAUGUUUAUUGGCGGUGGCUCCACGCCGAGUAUGACGCCUCCGAUGACGCCGUGGGUGAACUGCAAUACGCCACGCUACUUCUCGCCCCCGGGGCAUGUGAGCGCCAUGACACCAGGAGGACCUAGUUUUUCGCCAUCGGCCGCCUCGGAUGCGUCUGGCAUGUCCCCAAACUGGUCGCCUGCACAUCCGGGCUCCUCGCCCAGCUCUCCAGCACCCUCGAUGUCCCCGUACUACCCGGCCUCGCCCAGCGUAUCGCCAUCGUACUCGCCGACGAGUCCCAACUACACGGCCUCGUCGCCCGGCGGGGCAUCGCCCAACUACUCGCCUUCCAGUCCCAACUAUUCGCCGACAUCGCCGCUAUAUGCAGCGCCCAGUCCGCGGUAUGCCUCCACCACACCCAACUUUAAUCCGCAGUCGACGGGCUACUCGCCAUCGGCAUCUGGUUACUCACCAACAUCUCCGGUGUACUCGCCCACAUCCAACUUCCCCUCGAGUCCGUCGUUUGCGGGCAGCGGCAGCAACAUGUACUCUCCGGGCAAUGCCUACUCGCCCAGUUCGACCAACUAUUCGCCGAACUCCCCCUCAUACUCCCCGACAUCGCCCUCGUACUCCCCAUCGAGUCCCUCGUACUCGCCCACGUCUCCUUGCUAUUCGCCAACAUCGCCUUCGUAUUCGCCCACAUCGCCCAACUAUACGCCGGCGACACCCUCGUAUUCGCCCACAUCACCAAACUACUCGGCCUCACCCCACUACUCGCCGGCAUCGCCUGCCUACUCCCAGACAGGGGCCAAGUAUUCACCGACGUCUCCGACCUAUUCGCCGCCAUCGCCCUCGUACGAUGGCUCUCCAGGAUCGCCCCAAUACACGCCCGGUUCGCCGCAAUAUUCACCGGCCUCCCCCAAGUACUCGCCCACAUCGCCCCUGUACUCGCCCAGUUCGCCGCAGCACUCGCCGUCGAACCAGUACAGUCCCACUGGAUCCACUUAUUCGGCCACCAGUCCACGGUACUCGCCCAAUAUGUCCAUCUACUCGCCGAGCAGCACCAAAUACUCGCCGACAUCGCCGACGUACACGCCCACGGCACGCAACUAUUCACCCACUUCUCCCAUGUACUCGCCGACGGCACCAUCGCACUAUAGUCCCACCAGUCCAGCGUACUCGCCCAGCAGUCCCACGUUCGAGGAGAGCGACGACUGAGCCACGGGGAACCCUGGAGGAGGAGGACGAGGAGGAUCAGGAGUAGGAGUAGGAGUG